CGCCGGGAGCCCGGAACCGCCAUGGCCGGCAGCGGCAGCGGGCCCGCGCUGGAAACCAUCCAGGCGGAUGGGACGGACGGGAACUGCGUCACGUUUGUGCUGCACGACGAGGAUCACACCCUGGGCAACUCCCUGCGCUACAUGGUCAUGAAGAACCCUGACGUGGAGUUCUGUGGCUACUGCAUCACACACCCCUCAGAAAGCAAGAUCAACUUCAGGAUCCAGACCAGAGGGGCCCUUCCUGCUGUGGAGCCAUUCCGGAAAGGGCUGAAUGACCUGAUGGGUGUUUGCCAACACGUGCUCAACACUUUUGAGAGGAGCAUGAAGGAGUUCAGGGCGCAGAAGGAGGAGGAGAUGCAGUAGCCUUCGGGAAUGGCAUGGAUGUGUAACCUCUGUGUGUUGAAUUCCCUGUGUCUAAACGAGUUUUUUGUUGGUAUUUUUUAUUACUUUGCUGCAAAAUGUAUUUUCUUUAAUAAUAAAGUUUAUUCAUUUA